UUUUUUGAACAUACACAAAUAUAUUCCUAUUAAUUAUGAGAAUUAUCUCGUUCACCCUGUGUCAAUGAGUUGUCCUCCUAAAUGUCAGCGGUAAUAUCAUUUUGACUCUGAACUAAAAUCCCAAUCAUAACAAACCCGAAAAUGGCGAACCCUACACCACCGAAACGCCCAUCCAGAGCAGUUAAAAAUAUGCCUAGGGAAUCGAGUGGAUUAUUGAUGUCAGUCAUCAGAACCUUGUCUGCAAGUGAAAGUAAUGAACAGCGUGAUCGUGAGAAGGCUCAGCUACAACGAGAGUUCAAUCGAAGUAACUUGGAAUUAGAUACACAUAUAGUCAAUCAAGAUGAAUCAAUUAAAAAGGUUUUACAGAUCUUCAGUGAAGUUUCCAGCCGAUUAGCUGAGUCACGGACCAAGAUGCAAGGCAUCCGGGAAAAUCUUGUUGCUUGCAAGCGUUUAUUGCACUGCAAAAGAGAUGAGCUCAAGGAACGCUGGCUGGAGGGAGUUGAACACAAGCAUGUUAUGGCUUUACUGCAACAAAUAGAUGAGGUGCGAGAUGUUGGUGUCAAGAUCACAGCAUUGAUAAACAAGAAGCAGUAUUUGCCUGCAUCUCGGCUGUUGUCUUCUUCACUCAAGACACUUAAUUCAAACCUACAUGGCAUAGAAGCUCUCAAACAGGUUGCUCAGGAUCUUACUGCUGCAAAAGAGACGUUAUACAAUGAACUGAUCAAGUGCCUGCAUGAACAACUAUACCACAGUCAUAGCAGAAGCUCUCUUGAUCUGAGAAGGAAUGGUUCAUCACACGCUAGUGGGGCUGUGGGUAGACUUGGCUCGGACAGAGGCUUCAAGUUGAAUAAUGCUCGUCGAUUCCUUGGUGUUGAUGCCCUUGAUGGUGAUAGAACUCCUGGACAGAAGUGUGACAUAUCUCCCUGCGAUGAAGCAGCUGGGGACUCCGAGCCUCAACAAAUGUUGUCUUCAAUUGUCGAGUGCUUAGCACUUCUGGGAAAGCUGCCUCAUGCUGUAGAGACCAUCAAGGAGAGAAUGCAGAAAGAAUGCACACUAAUCAUCCAGCGCGUGAACCGUCGAGUGAUGGAUAAUGCGUCAUCAGAUGUUGAUGACGCCCUUCAGCCUUCCUCUGGACAGCCCGCCCAGCCGUCCAUGGCCACUGCCAGAAAUGGUUUCAUUAAAAUUGAUGCCAAAGAUUCAAGAUUGAUGCAAGAACUCAUGCAGAGCUGCUGUGAUCAGCUGAGACGAGUUGUAUCAGGCCACGAGACCGUCCUGUCCAGCAUGCGUGAGUCUGCUGCUCAGCACAACCUUACCCUGCAGCUCUACACCUUGGCUGACGUCUGGUCUAAAGUGCAGGCUGCCUUGCAAGUGCUCAUCUCUCAAUAUGUAGACUUAAGUCAAGCCGGACUGUCAACAACACCCCACCAUAGUCCUGGCAAUGUGACACUUUCUGCUGAUGCCUCAACAGACAUCUCGUCAUACUUCAGUAAAAAGCCUCGUAACAAAGGAAAAUUUCAGGAGCAGCUGUUUAAGCUGGAUGCGUCGUACCACGCUAUCACCCUCAACAGUUACUUGUUAGAACAGCUCGGGCAACAGCCUUCUCUAGACGAUCCUGGGGACGGCGGAGGGGGUGGCAGCAAGAAAAGCCUGGAUAAACUGAUGGUUUGCCAGUCGUCGCCCCACAACAUCACAGUUCUUUACAACCCUCUCAUGUCGUUCAUUGCAGAGAUAGAGGAGGCUAUGGGAUAUAUGCCAGGGGAACAGUGCAGCCUACACGUGUUUGUGAGUGAACUGCUCCGCGACGUUUUCCUCGUGCGUCUUCACAUGGACACAGCGAAGCGACAAGAGCAGGCCACCAAAGCGCUGGACUUGUGGACGACAACCUCACAUUCAACUUACAAAGCCACCAGUGCCUCUGCCGUGUCUUCUGGCAACAAGCCUGACUUGCCUCUUCUGCAGGUUAGACUAGCGCUAGAUUUGCCCAACUGGCGAGCGCUGACAACGGGUGCUGAUGGCGUCAAAGAUCUGUCACCUGAGGAAGACAGCCCGGACGAGGUGCGAGAGCGCAACCGCAAAGAAGCUGAAAUUUUGCUUGGCAGUCUAGGCGAGCAGCUGAUCCCUGCUCACGAGAUCCUCUCCGACCACACGCACCUCAGAACCCUGGCUCUCCUGCACCAGACUAUGGAGUGGUUUGGUACGAGCAUCGUACGCCUGGCAGACACUUUUUCACGUACGUACGGCGAUGGCACGACAACUGCAGGUACUGCAGGUAACACGUUAGUGCGUCCUGCUCUCAUCCCCACCGCUGCCAUCCAGACGCUGUCUUCUCUCGCUCAGGAUUUCAUCGAGCUCUCCCAUACUUGCCUACUUGUUCUGCAUCUUGAGGUUCGCGUUCACUGUUUUUAUUACCUGUUGUCUGUGGGUCGCUCGGCUAGCGAGAGCAGCAAUUUCGCCCCGACGCUUGACUCGCAGGAUCCUGACCCUGAGGUGCUCGCCCUCAAUAAAGACCUCGCCAAUAUCGACGAGGCCUUGUCCGCCUCACUGCCGGCGAGGAAGUGCAAGUACAUUUUCGAGGGUCUGGGUCCUCUGAUCUCGAGCAUCGUGACGUCAUGGCCGUCGCGCAUCCGACGCCUCAACGAGAACGGCAUCAAGAGAAUGUGUCGCAACAUCCUGAGCCUACAGCAGCAGCUCACCAACAUCACUAUGGCCCGAGAACUCUCGCUCGACCACGCCAGACAAUAUUAUGAACUCUUCUACAUGACUCCGCAAGAGGUGCUGAAUCAGAUAGUGAACAGAGGGCCGCAGUUCACCGAGCUGGAAUACAUCAAUGCCCUUGAUUAG